ACAUUAUUCAAUUGUGUGUAAAAUGGGAGACCCUGGUAUGAGCUAUCAGAACAUGUUAAAUUCCUUUGGUGGAACUCGACACGCUCAGGGCUUCGGUCCUAUAGCAGACACUGCGGAGCAGGUCUACAUAUCGUCGUUGGCUCUUCUUAAGAUGCUGAAACACGGUAGGGCUGGCGUUCCUAUGGAAGUCAUGGGCCUUAUGCUCGGGGAGUUUAUUGAUGACUAUACUAUAGUUGUUGUCGAUGUGUUUUCUAUGCCACAAUCAGGCAACAGUGUGAGUGUCGAGGCUGUGGAUCCCGUCUACCAAACUGAGAUGAAGGACAAGCUUAAGCUUACUGGUCGUCCUGAGGUGGUUGUAGGAUGGUACCAUUCUCACCCAGGUUUUGGAUGCUGGUUUUCUGGCACUGACAUUAACACUCAGCAAAGCUUUGAGCAGUUGAAUCCACGUGCUGUGGGCAUAGUGAUUGAUCCCAUUCAAUCUGUGAAGGGGAAGGUUGUUAUUGACUGUUUCCGUUUGAUAACUCCUCAUUUGAUUAUGCUUGGUCAGGAGCCCAGGCAGACGACUAGCAACAUUGGUCACUUGAGUAAGCCUACUAUGAUUGCUGUUGUCCAUGGUUUAAACCGCAAUUACUACAACAUCGUUAUUAACUACCGCAAGAGUGUUUUGGAGACUCAGAUGUUAAUGAACUACCAUCGCAACAAGUGGACUGACAAUCUCCAGGUUAGGGACUUUGUUACUCGUCGUCGUGAGAAUCGUGAGACUGUCGGUAACAUUAAGGACUUGAUUGAUAAGUACAACGACUCUAUAAAGCAGGAGUUGACAUCGACUGCUGAUGAGUUGGCUGUGGCCAACGUCGGUAAGCUCAAUGCCAAGGCGCACAUCGACAACCAUGUUAGUCGUCUUCUCAAGGACAAUUCACUGGACACCUUUGGUACUAUGCUGGCGGUUGAAAUGUUUUGAG